AUGGGGCGAAGGAAUCGGAAACGGAACCGUGAUGGUACCAAUGCGGCAAAAAAUGGUUCCGGCGACGGCGGAAAUGACGGACAGAAGCGUCCCGAACAUUACGAGGAAAUCCUGCGGGAAAAUCAAGGAUUCAACCUCUACUACAAAACUCAGAAGGUGAUCCCGGAAGACGAAUGGGAUAAUUUCAUCAAAACGAUGGCGACGAACUUGCCGGUAGCAUUCCGUAUAACCGGGUUCCGUGCCGAGGCUGACAUCUUGAGGGGCAUCGUCAAAGACGUUUAUUUAAAGAACUUUGCUGCUGCUCGGACGGACGACGGAAAUCUCGUGAUUCCUAAAAGCCUCCCGUGGUACCCGAGGGAAUUGGCCUGGCAAGUGAACUUGACGCGUCAAAUGAUCCGUCGCGAUGAGGUUUUCGCUAAACUGCACCAUUUCUUGAUCUCGGAGACCGUGUGUGGGGCCAUCAGUCGUCAGGAAGCUGUGAGCAUGAUUCCACCUCUCGUUUUGGACGUCCAGCCAAAUCACAAGGUCAGUCGCAAAAGAAACCAGCUGUUUAGCAGGAGUCGAAUUCAGGUCUCGGUUAUUGAUGAGCUGGUGGACUCCUUCUGCAGCGAAGUAUUGGACAUGUGCGCGGCGCCAGGAUCGAAGACGACGCAGUUGCUGGAGAUGUUGUACGCUGGGGAUGAUACAAGGAUGUCAGAAGGAAUGGUUGUAGCAAAUGAUGCUGACAACAAGCGCUGCUACAUGUUGGUCACACAGGCGAAGCGAUUAAACUCUCCGAAUUUGGUCAUCACGAAUCACGAUGCUUCCGUUCUUCCGAAAAUGACUGAGACUGGACCCAAUGGAGAGAAAGUUGCGCUGAAGUUUGACAGGGUUCUUUGUGACGUACCGUGUUCCGGGGAUGGAACGAUGCGGAAAAACGUUGACGUGUGGAAGAAGUGGAAUGGGGCAAACGGCAACAAUCUCCACUGGCUGCAGUUUCGAAUUGCUCGCCGAGGGUUGGAACUGCUCAAACCCGAUGGAAUCAUGGUUUAUUCAACGUGCUCCCUGAACCCGAUUGAGGACGAGGCAAUUUUGUGCAGGCUCCUCAAAGAAUACCCAGACUGCCUGGAGAUCAUCGACGUGGCAGACAAGGUGCCCGGGCUGAGGACUGUGCCAGGUGUGACGACUUGGAAACCGAUGAGUCGGGAUCUCAAGUUCUACGAAAAUCCAGAAGAAAUUCCCGAGAAAUUCUCGUCUCAGAUCCGUGCCGCCAUGUUUCCGCCGUCGCCGGAAGAAGCGGCGGCGUUUCAUUUGGACAGAUGCAUGAGAAUUCUUCCGCAUCACCAAGACACUGGAGGGUUUUUCUUGGCCGCCAUCAGGAAACUGAAGCCCCUGCGUUCGGUAAACAGUGGGCCCAAAUCUGGAGAAGACCGUUCUUCGGAAGAAGUUCAGGAAAAGGAAAAGCCCGCCGACGUUGUCGCGGAUGAAGACGAUAAAAUGACGCCGCCGAAAAAGCGGAGGUUCUUCGGAUUCCGCGAAGACCCGUUUAUCUAUUUCAACCAAGAGGAGCCGUGUUGGAAGACGAUCAAAGACUUUUUCGGUGUGGAAGGACUGGACCAUAGGUUACUCCUUAGCAGAAACCGGGAAGAGAAGAAGAAGAACCUGUAUUUGACGUGUGCUGCUGUGAAGGAUUUCAUUGAUUGCAAUCAGGAAAACGUGAAGGUCAUCAACACUGGAAUCAAAGCCUUCAUUCGCUGCGACGGAAAAAAUUCGGACUGCGAAUUUCGACUCGCUCAAGAGGUGGGAGUGAAUGAGUUGCUGAGGUUCCUCAACAAGCGAGUGGUGAAGCUGCAACGGGAAGACGCCUUGGCCAUUUUGAGGAAGCACGAUCUCGAGGAUCCUCUGCAAAAUUCAGCUCUGUGUGAUGAGACGCAGGAAGCCCUGAAGCAACUCAGCACUGGAAGCGUGGUGUUCGUGUAUGAAACCAAAAUGAAGGACGUUGAGAAAACUGUUCGUCUUGCACUCGUUGGCUGGAAGGGAGCUGCGUCUGUGAGAGCGUAUGUCGCCAAGAGCGACAGAGUUCAUCUUUUGCGUCUAUGCGGCGGGGACACUUCGUAUUUCGAAAACCUGGACAUUGAAGCUAAAUUUGGCAACAAAUCCGCAAACGGCGACUCGGCGGGAAACGCGACGCAGGAGGAGCAAGAUGCAUUGAAGGUUGCUGCGGAGGAAAUCCCGGUUGCAGUCUGA